CAGAUGAAAUGGUUUGGCCCUCGGGGUUACAGGAAGUUGUAGCAGCUGCCAUGUUCAGCUGCUUUGUUGUAGAUUUCUUGUAGGUUUCCUGCAGAUUUUUUUAAGUGUUGCAAUGGAGACGAGCUGGAGUUCAUUUUUAUUUCAGCAGGCCAAUGAAGCCCUCCACCACCAGCAUCAUGUCAACCAGAACAGCCUGCUGCCACUGCUCAAUUCUGGCAAUGAACCGCAGGAUCAAAAGCCUGUUCUUCCCAUCCCUCUCGACCAGAAGCCUCCCAUCAUUCCUGCCGACCUCCUCAAGGACAGUAUGGCCGGCGGGGCGGGAGGAGGUGGCGGAGGAGGCGGCGGAGGAGGGCCGGUUGUUAUAAAGAAAGAGCCCAAGUCGAAAACGCCCUUCAUAUGCGGCUACUGCAACAAGGCCUUUCGGGACAGCUACCACCUACGGCGGCAUGAGUCCUGCCACACGGGCAUCAAGAUGGUGUCACGGCCCAAGAAGACAACCACAGCGCCCACCAUGGUGCCUCUCAUCUCCACUGUGCCACGUGAUAACAACUCCAACCCCUCUUACAUAUCCACGGUGGCAGGCAUCCUUACCACGGCAACCACCUCUGCAUCCACUGCUGCGGGCGUGAUGUCGGCCCUGCCUCAGCAGCCGCCAGUGCCCAAGAAGCCCCCCAAGCCGGUGAAGAAGAACCAUGGCUGCGAUAUGUGCGGUAAGGCCUUCCGUGACGUCUACCAUCUCAACCGCCACAAGCUUUCGCACUCGGACGAGAAGCCCUUUGAGUGCCCCAUCUGCCACCAGCGUUUUAAGAGAAAGGACCGCAUGACAUACCACGUCCGCUCGCAUGAUGGUGGUGUGCACAAGCCAUAUAUCUGCUCCGUUUGCGGAAAGGGCUUCUCUCGGCCAGAUCAUCUUAGCUGUCAUGUCAAGCAUGUUCACUCCACAGAACGACCCUUUAAAUGCCAAGUAACGGCCUGUACGUCAGCCUUCGCCACCAAAGACCGUCUGCGCUCCCACAUGAUACGGCAUGAGGGCAAGGUCACCUGCAACAUCUGCGGGAAGAUGCUGAGUGCCGCCUAUAUCACCAGCCACCUCAAGACCCACGGGCAGGCCAGCUUCAACUCAACCUGUAACAAAGACUCUAACAACGUUUGUAACUCUGCCUCAGCCACACCUGUCACUUCUUCUACCGCAUCCAACACUACAGCCAUGAACCGCGGCACCGCCAGCAACCCCGUCACCAUCGCUGCCCAGAUGAACAUUGCCACCAACACGGUCAACAUCACCUCCCCCAUCAGCCUACAGCACCCAGUCACCAUCACCGGUCCGGUCAACAUCCCAGCCUCGGCAUCCAUGAACAUCGCCCAUCCGGUAGCCAUCACCUCGCCCAUGUCAAUGAACAUCACAGGUCCCCUCAACAUCGCCAUGAGGUCGAUGGAUAGCAUGCCUUUUCUCUCACAGAUCCUGCCUUCCUCUCCUCCCUGGUAGAACUUAGCCCCACCCCUUGCCCUAUCCCAAAAACCCACCUCUCGUCAUAAAACUCAUGUCUCCUGUUUUAGUCUUCCUCUCCGGCCAUGAGGGAAAAAGAUCCUGGAGGAAUGGCGAGUAUUGGGAAUGUAGACGUCCACAGCGACAAGGAACACGGAAAUGGUGGAAGUUAGCUGGCACCAUGCGUAUUUUUCGGUUGUCUAGAGUUAGCGAGGACAGAAAUCAAUAGGUAUUGCAUGGAGUGGAAGACUGACGUGCUGUAUGUUUGGUGAUUUUUCACUUUUCUAGUGCCAGAAAAUCCUUGCCAGUCGUCUAUUUGAAGUGGAGCAUGUUGCCCCUUCAGGUAGCGCACGUUGGUUAGUAUUAACGGUUUAAGGACUUUGGCAUAUAUUAACUGUGAGGAUUUUAUUUUUUUGUUACUGUUAGCUUGCUUAUCAGUAUUUCAUAGUUUUAUGCGUUUUAUGCGAGUCAUGUACAUCAAAUGGCACAGUGGCUUCCAUUUCUUGGAAGAUGAGAUGGUUUUUUGUUUUGAGACAUUACUCUACGAAUGAGUAAUGAGAAAAAAGUUUAGAAUAAGUUUUUAAAAGGCCUCCUUUCAUUGUAAGCCUUUUAAUCUCUAGCUGUGUUUUUAUUUCUAUUAUUAUUAUAAUUAUUAUUCUUUAUAGAUCUUUUGGAGUUGGUCAUUCCUGAUUGUAGAAUAAUUUUGUUGUUCUUGUUUUAAUAGCUGGGAUAUUCUUCGGAUUAGUGAGGUUGGACGUUACAGUAACAGUCUGAUACAAUCUUGCACUGAACUCGUAUCUAUUUGGCGAUAUUUUAACGGCAGUAUUAUUUUGGAUCAAACAUCUUGAGCGUUGGUUGUCAAACCUAUUCAAAUAGAAUGCCUGGUCACCAAGUGGCCAUCUUCAACACACUGAAAGGUUCAUUUUUAUCCUUAAUAUUAUCUUAAGAGCGUUUAGUUUUGUAACUUACUUCUUUGCUCUUCCUCACUGAAGGAUGAGGGCUGUUUCCUAAGGACCUUUUGCUCAGGAACUUUACUGAGGGUGUCCUAACUUACCCUGCUCUUGUAGUGGAUGGAGUCAUGCCUUACAUUCUUCCGAAGUUAAUUUCCUAUGUUCUCAACACACUAAAUAUUACUUCUUCUUUAUUAGCGACAACUGAGAAGCACCUCAGGGGUGCUAAGUACUUUGCGGUUGACAUGCUCAUCCAUCACAGGGGCACAAAGUUAACACAGCCUCUUUGUUUGUUUCCCCUGUCACAGUACAAACCAAAACGGCCUUCAGAUUUUCAGGGUUUGUCAUACUGGCCGUCAUCAUUAUUAAGAGUAUCCCUGAUGAAUAUAAUUGCUAAACAAAAGAAUGAAAUUUAAGUCACAUUAAAAAAAAAUUACCUUUGUGCACAAACAUUUUCUUUUUAGUCACAUAACAGUAGUCCAUACUCAGCACUAUUUUCUUAAUCUUGAGAAACAGGAUAAUUGAACACUCUGUAUAGAGAGAUAGAUUACGUAUUUAUGACCAACCUGGAAGUAAGACUGGGUUCCCUCACUGGGAUUUUUCCACAGGCUUUUGGAUUAUCGCAAUAAAUAAGCUCAGUGAUCAAUGAAAGAUUGUGAUAUCAAGAUAAUCUUUACAAUAAAUCACAACCUUUAGACAUUUUAAAAUCUAAAUGCAUUUACUAGAAAUGAAAAGCUAAAUGUAGGCUAUAAGUGAACUACACCACGAUCGCCCGACUUCGACAUCAUCACCACCAAGCUUCCAACUAUUUUUUCCAACUUACAUUUAAAAACAUGUUUCCAGAUAUAUUUUGAGGUUAAAUCUCUUUUGGGUAUUGGGCCCAUAGAUAUGUAUAAUAAAGGCUAGAUGUGUUAUAGCGGAGUCUCUAACAACAUCACCUGGCGGCCAUCUUAGCACAAGGAGCUCGCUCACUCGUAGCAUUGUGUUUUAAUGGUGCAUGUACUUUAAAUAACCAUAACUUGCUCAAUUUUAUACCGAUUUUGAAAUGGUUUGCUUUCUUACAAACGUUAUUAAUGUGGCUAUAAUUCUGAAUUCUUUAACAUGUUUCAUGAGUUUUUUUUAGUAUAAGUAUGCAUAGUAUGCAAGUAUGUCAUAGGUACAUCUUUGACGUUUAUAACAAUCCAAUCCGUUUGAAAAUCGGUAGAAAAUUAUGCAUGUUAUGAUCAUUUAAAAGUACAUGCACCAUUAAAACACAAUGCUAAUAGUGAGCAAGCGCCCUGUGGUAAGAUGGCCGCCAAAUGCGGAUGUUCCACUCAAUUGGCCAGCAGUGCGGGCGAGACAUCUAGCCAGUGGUGUAGUGCAGGUAUACGGAGUAUACACACCUCUUUAUUUGAUGGCAUGGGGUAUACCCACUUCUACUGGGGGCAUAAAUUAAGAGUAUACCCACUUCUCCAGACACCACUACACCACUGCAUCUAGCUAUAUUAUACAUACGGAGUAUACACACCUCUUUAUUUGAUGGCAUGGGGUAUACCCACUUCUACUGGGGGCAUAAAUUAAGAGUAUACCCACUUCUCCAGACACCACUACACCACUGCAUCUAGCUAUAUUAUACAUAUCUAUGAUUGGGCCCAUGUCACAGUGUUUUUAAGAUUUCCAUGCAUGAUAUAAAAUUCCCGACAAUGUCUGUAGUUCUGUGUAGCAUCUUGUUAGCGACCAAACUUUAAAAGUCAUAAGUGAUCAUUCUCAACCUGAAUGAUCUGAUCACAGCUCCACUAAAUUGACUGAUUUAGAUUUUCAGUAAAUAUUCACGGAAAUUUUGUCCUGAUCUGCACAAAAAAAAAACGGUGGAAUGACUUCAGAAGACUUUGAAUAUAGUGCUCGAGUUGUAUGGAUUAUUUUUUGAUGAUGCAUUUGUAUACUUAAACCUGAAAACCUCAAUCAUCUUGCAUUGUAAUUGCAUGGAAAAAAACAACCAGUGCAAUUUAAUGUGUGUUUUGGAAAGGUGAGUGAUGACAGAAUUGACAUAUUUGGAUGAACUAUCCUUUUAAAUGUAUAGACCAUAAUAUCACAUAUCCCCGACCCCGAAAUUACUUUUCUAUUUAAUUUCUUCUUCUGUUGUAUUCAUAUAAGCAAUAUAUCUUUCUUGUUCCACUUGUUGACCCAGCCCAACAGCUGUCUUGCCCAUUUUUGUGUUUUAUUAUAAGGAAAAACUGAUGCAAAAGAUGAUGUCAUGUGUUGCCCUCAAGUCUGGGUUUGUAUGAGUGUGUGUGUGUGAUUAUAAAUGAUUCUUAAACAAACCAGCUGAAUGUGAUGAUAAUAUAUUAAUGAUGAUGUCAUGGCUACCACUGUCUGGGCAUAAAGUUUAGUUUGUAUUAACUUGACCCCCCUUAGUAUUUCUCAAUGACAGAGUUGACCAGGUAGCAAAAGGUUUGUGGUCUAAGGUUGCCAUUACAUGGAUUUACAUGUCGGGUAUGUGAAAUCUGAAAUCACUCAAUGGCCUGAUCAAUGUUUUCUUUUUCAUUUUUGUAAUGUUGCCUUGUUUUGGCAGUUCAUUUUGGCUGAGUUUCAGAAACUGGAAUUCAAGGAAUGUGAUUGAAUUAACUGAAGACACUACAAAAAGGUUUUAAUUGUGCUUGUGAUAAAUGUCUGUCUUUCCGCGAUGGCAUCACUUCCGUGCCUGAACUGCAUGUGUGAAAAUGCCACAGUGAAACUAUCGGUCUUCACUGUUCGGCUUGCAGUGCUCGGCAAAGGAACCUGCCUGAGCGGCCAACUGCAGUUUAACUGUUUACCAAAUGUGUGUGGAGAUUUAAAAUCUAUUUUGCAUAUGAAAUAUCAAGUUGUCAUGUUUGAGGAAUAAUGGAUUUGUUUUUUUAUCCUAUAAAGUAUUGCUCAUUGAAGUUACUCCUUAUGCAUCAGUAUCUUUAAAAGAACACGUCUGUUUAAAUGGGGUAAAAUGAAAAGGCUUUGUAUUUGGUUUUGGACUGGAGGGUUAUAAAUUAGUCCAGUCCUUUGUUUCAUGUUUUUUGUUUUGUUAAAUUGGCAAACCCGUGUGAAAGCCAAUGAAUGUAUAUCUUUGUACAAAACCAUUUAGCUCAGAGAACGUGGUAGUUAUGAUAGACACAUGCAAGGAAAAAUACAAGUAAAAUAACCUUUUAUAAGACUUUUUGUAUUAGAACAUUAACAUUGGUAAUUUUGUAUAUAUGAAGACUAGGCUUUUUUGGUUAGCAAAAAAAGUAAAACAUUCCUACAAUUAUGUAAACACAUUGCGCAAUGUUUUAUGUGCCUUUUAUUUGGGUUGUCUAAAUAAAAGAAAACUGUAAAGUAUGGCUUCGGUUCACUCAUUAAGGAUA